UCACUGUCCAAGGACCCCUCAAAUUGUUUAAUCCUUAGCAAAACCCACAUCGAGAGUGACAUUCUCUCUUCUCCUCCCCCUGCUCUUCUGCACUUUGUGUUUUUCUUUGCCAAUGGCCCAUUUUCCAAUCAUAAAGUUCUAAUCUUUGCUCCAUUUGCUCCCGUUUUUCCAUUGAGUUUGUGUUGUUGUGUUUUGUUUGAGUGAGGAGCUCAAUCUGGCAGUUUUUUUUUGUUUAUUUUUUUAUUUUUGGUGAUUUGUGCUCUUUUUUUUGGUUGAUUUUUUGUUUUUGGUUGAGAAGUGGUUUGAAGGAUGUUAUGGACCAUAGGGUUUUGAGACAAAGGCUGUACAAAAGAUUCCGUCUUUCAAUCUGGAGAUUCUGUUUUUUUGGAUGGAGAAAUCUGGGGAGGAAGGGUUGAGGAUUGUAUGCCCCAGUAGGCUUAUGGAUUGCUGGUGAGCUGAUAGCAUCAAGAUUUGAUGAGUGCUGUUGCAUUUGGGCAAUAUAACUUGUAGUUUUCUUUGUCAAGGAUGAUUCUGCUCAAAUGCUGGUAAAAUUGAAACAUAGAUUUUGCAUUGGAGCAACAUAUGAUGGAUUUGUUCAAACAUAAUAUUAUUUUGCAAUAUGUGUGAAUCUAAGGUAUGCAAGCCUGAGGACAAAUACAUUUGUGUUUGUGUUCGUCUUUCAGAAUUUUGGAUCAUUUAGUUACAAACAGUAUGGCUGCAUUGGUGCCCGGUGUCCUUCUUAAGCUUCUUCAGCAUAUGAACACUGAUGUUAAGGUUGCUGGUGAACAUCGGUCGUCGCUUCUCCAGGUUGUCAGUAUUGUUCCCGCCCUCGCUGGCGGUGAUCUCUAUUCUAACAAAGGAUUUUACCUAAAGGUCUCUGAUUCAUCUCAUGCUACUUAUGUAUCUCUGCCUGAUGAGCAUGUUGAUCUCAUCUUGAGUGAUAAGAUCCAAUUGGGUCAGUUUAUUCAUGUCGAACGGCUGGAAGGAGCGUCCCCUGUGCCUAUCCUUAAAGGUGUGAGGGUUGUCCCUGGCCGCCAUCCAUGCGUUGGGAGCCCUGAAGAUCUUGUAGCUACUCAUUCUUUGGGUUUUCUGAAUAUGGACAAAUUGAAACUAUCAAAUGGUAUCAAGACUGAUAGUAACCGAUCUACAGAAAAAAUUGACAAAGAGAGGAAUAAUGUCGGGAAAACAAAUGGAACUAGUAAAGUGGAGAAGGCAGAGAAGAACAAACCAUCGGUCAGUAAGUCGAACUCUUUAGUCAUGAAACAAGUUGCAAAUUGCAAAGUGGAGAAAAGGGAUCCUAUUGGUGUGAAGUCAAAAUCAGCGAGCUCAAGGUCAAUCCCCUCGUCUCCUACAAGUUGUUAUUCACUUCCUGCAUCAUUUGAGAAGUUCUCCAAAGAAAUCAAACAGCAAGCAAAAGUUAAAGGGACAGAGAAGGGUAACUCUUUGAAGAUGGGUUUGUUGGAGAGGGCAGCUUCUGUUUUGAAGGCGACCACUGCUGGCAGAAAGACGUCUGUAGCAAAUUCAAUUGGGAAUAUGUUACCGGGGAUUGAACCAGGGCCUAAGGCUUUGAGAAAAAGCUGGGAAGGUAACAUGGAGACAAAAGUAAGGGAUAAAUCCAACUCAAGGAGCUCAAAAAUUGAGAUCAAAUCUGAGAGUCGAAGCUCUUCUGUUCCUCGAAAAUCUAUAGCAAGUGAAAAGCCGCAACCUAAGGAAGAUACCAGGUUCCAAACUCCCCAGAAGAAAGCAAAUUCAACUGGUGCUUCAGAUGAUGGUGAUAAGUCCAACAAACAACGUUCUCAUGGUGUAAAGAAAACACCAGAAGGUGCCACUGGCCUAAACCUCGGUAGUUUAGUCAAAGUCAGUCCUAGUAGAAAAUGGAGCAAUCACAGUGACUCUUGGGCAUCACUACCACCUCCUCUGGCGAAACUUGGAAAGGAAGUUUUGAAGUAUAGAGAUGCAUCUCAAUUUGCUGCUAUUGAAGCCAUGCAAGAAGCUUCUGCUGCUGAAAGUAUAAUCCGGUGCUUGAGUAUGUAUGCAGAGCUAAGUUCAACUGCAAAGGAAGAUAACCCCCAACCAGCAGUGGAGCAGUUUCUAACUCUCCAUUCCACCCUCAAUCGCGCCGGUCUCGUCGCGGACUCCCUCCUCAAGACCUUCCUGCCGUCUGACACCUCGUCUGACCAAUCUGCAAGUAACAACGAACCCUCCAUCUCUGAGGAAGCCCUCAAGGUCUCAUCAGACAAACGCAAGCGUGCCACUUCAUGGAUCAAUGCUGCACUCGCCACUGACCUCUCUCCGUUCUCCCUCUACGAGCACAAAAGUAGUAACCAAACAUCCACUUCAUCAUCGGUCUCCUCUUUUUCUUCAUUGACGGUCAUCCUUGAUAGCCCAACUAAACCUACUUCAUCCAAAGUUAAACCUCGGCUUUCAUCAGCUUCUACUCCAUCAAAAUCAGCAGUUACAUCAAGAGGAAAGGCACGUGCGCCACCGCCAUUGCUCCCUCAGGCUUGGUCACGUGGUGGAGGUCUAGAGGAAAAGACUGAUUUAGCAAGAGCAUUAGAUGAUGAAUCUAGGAGCUGGUUCUUGGGGUUUGUUGAGCGAUUUUUGGACGCAGAUGUUAAUGAUCCAGGACCAAGAGACAGAGAGCGAGUUGCGGGAAUGCUAUCACAGCUCAAGAAGGUCAAUGAUUGGCUAGAUGAAAUUGGAAGGAGAGAAGACGAAGACGGAGAUAGGGAGGAAGUCCCUAUUGAAACGAUAGAACGGUUAAGGAAGAAGAUUUACGAGUACCUUCUAACUCAUGUGGAAUCUGCAGCAGUGGCUCUAGGAAGUGGCAGUGCAAAGGACGAUGACCGUCCUGGACGGAAAGGAUGAUCUCUGCUGUUUGUUCAGCUCACCGUGUAUCAUACAUAUGUAGAGGCACAUCCAAAACUCGAUAACUUCUUGGCACACAUGAUGCAGUUAAUUUCUGAGAUAUACUCAGCAGACAACAGAGCAAAUUUAAUUAUCAGCAUUGGAGUCAUUCUUAUAAUUUAUGGUUCUUCUUCGGCAAGAUUUGAUUUGGAGGUGAGGUUUUGGUUUUCAUGCGUUGGUUCUCUUCGGUAGUUAUUGGCGGAUACACAUCUUGUGUUGAUCGUGUCGUGUGGUGUGUUGUGGCGUAUUAUCGGCUUUAGAUCUUACAAGCGGAGUUAUAUGAAACACAAUGAAGCAAUUGUAUGUAUUUGUGUUCUAUGAUCAUCAGAUUGUUUGCAUUCUAUUUUUUUUUGUGAAAGCAAAGUGUCUGCAAUUGAUUUAUUA